AUGACAUUUGCUGACACGGGUUUCUCAGAGUUAAAGCCUGAUGAAGUAUAUUACAAAAAAAAACCACAGAUUGAAGAUAAUACCAAUAAUGCGAGCACAAGUGAACAGCAAGAAAAUGGCAGAGCUGACACUUCUCCUACUCCUAAUACGAGCUCGUCGUCAGCCACAUUACAAGGUAAAAACAAUGACGAUCCAAUCAGAUAUGACAAGAAGUCAGCCAAAAAAAUUCAAAAUUAUCAAGACAACUAUUUGAAAUAUGGAUUUACAUCCAUUAUCGUUAACAAUGAACCUUGCCCUAAGUGUACAUUGUGCCUUGAGAUAUUAGCUAAUGAUAGUAUGAAACCAUCACGAUUAGCAAGACAUUUAAAAACUAAGCAUCCAGAAGAUGAAGGCAAACCUCUACAAUUUUUUCAGCGAUGUUUAAAGUCAUGUGAUACUCAAUCCAGUACUUUACAAAAUUUCACUAAACUUAAUGAUAAAUGUUUAGAAGCCUCUUUCGAGUUUUCUUACUUAAUAGCGAAAGACAAAAAUCCACAUACCAUUGGGGAAACACUUGUUGUUCCUGCCGUGGUAAAAAUGGCUGAAAUAAUAUAUGGAAAACAAUAUGGCGAUAAACUAAAAUGCAUUCCUUUGUCAGCAAAUACUGUUGGAAGACGCAUAGAAAACAUUGCUGAAGAUUUGAAGAAACAAGUAUUAGAACAAAUUACGCAGUGUAGGAAGUUUGCUAUACAGUUGGAUGAAAGUACAGAUGUUUGUAAUACAUCUCAGCUUAUGGUAUUUGCUAGAUUCUGUUUCAAUAAUGAAAUACACGAAGAACUACUUUUUUUUGAGCCACUAAAGAAAAGAUGUACUGGAGAAGAUAUAUUCUCAACAGUAAAUGAUUUCUUUAAAAAAAACAAUGUUUUAUGGAAAAACUGUGUAAGUGUAACCACUGAUGGAACGGCUGCUUUGACUGGAAUAAAAAAGGGAUUCCGAGGUAAGGUUACAGAGAUAGCACCACACAUUAAAUUCAUUCACUGCAUCAUUCAUAGGCAAGCUAUUGCAGCAAAGAAUUUGGAGCCAGAAGUGCACAAAGUGCUACAGGAUGUUAUCAAUGUGGUUAAUUUUAUAAAAACAAGACCUUUAAAUAGUAGAACCUUUACAAUACUGUGUAAUGAGAUGGGGAGUGACCAUGAAAAUCUUUUAUACCACACAGACGUUCACUGGUUAUCUCGUGACAAAGUGCUUAAAAGAGUUGUCGAACUUAAAGAUGAGUUACGCAUUUUUCUUUUACAAAAAGACAAGUGUUCCAAAUUUGCUGACCUUUUCUGUGAUGACACAUGGCUGUCAGUAGUAUGCUACCUAGCAGACAUUUUCGAAAAAAUAAAAACACUUAAUCUGUCCCUUCAAGGUAAAGGUGACAUUUUAACAACGAGUGAGAAAGUAACUGCUUUUCGAAAGAAACUCAUGCUAUGGAGAGUGCAUUCUGAAAAUGGAUGUUUGGAAAUGUUUCCAUCAUUAUGUGAUUUUGUUGAUAUGUUCAUUUUCUUAGUACCUCAGAAUGGAAGUAUUAGCUUUAAUGUGCAUUAA